AUGAGGCGCCCGGUUGAGCUCUCUAUCUGUUCACUCUGGAAUUUGUGCAACAUGUUUGACAGUGGAUCAAAGUCCCAAUAUGUUGGUGGCCAGAGAGAGAAGUUCAAGAGGCUAGAUGAUUUGGAUUCAAGAACAUCAUCACCUGCUUCUUCAGUUGCAAUGAACAAAUGUGGAUUUGAAAUAAGCCGACCGAAACACACACGCGCAACAGCUGCUCCCACAAGAUCUUUCAAAAAUGGAAUCAGAAAAGGAUCAGAAGGACUUAAAUCAAUCGGUAGAUCACUCGGAUUUGGUGUUUCUCAUGCUGUGUUCCCUGAAGAUCUUAAAGUCUCUGAAAAAAAGAUCCUUGAUCCUCAAGCCAAAUUCCUUCUGAUGUGGAACAAAUUCUUUGUUGUCUCCUGUAUUAUUGCUGUGUCCAUAGACCCACUCUUCUUCUACCUUCCUGUUUUUGAUCAAACCAAAACUUGCCUUGGUAUAGAUCGAAAGCUAGCCAUUAUUGCUACAACUCUAAGAACAGUUGUUGAUGCAUUUUAUCUUAUUCACAUGGCUCUUGAAUUCAGAACUGCUUACAUUGCCCCAUCAUCUCGUGUUUUUGGACGUGGUGAACUUGUAAUUGAUCCUGCUCAAAUUGCCAAAAGAUACUUGAAAUGGUAUUUCAUCAUUGAUUUCCUUUCCAUUCUUCCCCUCCCACAGAUUGUUAUCUGGAGAUAUUUGCAGAGGCAAAGAGGUUCAGAUGUAAUGGCUACAAAAGAAGCGUUACUUUAUAUUGUGUUGAUUCAAUAUAUCCCAAGAUUUGCUCGAUUCAUUCCUUUGACUUCAGAACUUAAAAGGACAGCUGGCGUUCUUGCAGAAACUGCUUGGGCUGGAGCAGCCUAUUAUUUGUUGCUCUACAUGCUUGCCAGUCAUAUAGUAGGGGCAUUUUGGUAUAUGUUAUCUGCAGAGCGUGUUGACACAUGCUGGCAGAAAGCUUGCAAAGCAAGUCAACAUAAUAAGGAUUUAAUAUACUGUGGAAAUGAAGACAUGCGUGGAUACGACAGCUGGAUCAGUAACAGCACCAAUAUUUUAAAAGAGGCUUGUUCGCCAGAUGGCGAUGAUCCGCCUUUUGAUUUUGGGAUUUUUAACCAGGCUUUGUCUUCGGGAAUUGUCUCCUCUACAAAAUUUGUUCAAAAAUACUGCUACUGCUUGUGGUGGGGCCUACAGAAUUUAAGCACUUUAGGUCAGGGGCUUCAAACAAGCACUUAUCCUGGAGAGACUAUAUUUUCAAUUGCAUUAGCCAUAGCUGGGCUCAUUCUAUUUGCUUUGUUGAUUGGCAACAUGCAGACUUAUCUUCAAUCUCUUACAAUCCGUCUUGAAGAGAUGAGGAUCAAGAGGCGUGAUUCAGAGCAGUGGAUGCAUCAUCGAUUGCUUCCAGAUGAUUUGCAGGAGCGUGUCAGACGAUAUGAUCAAUACAAAUGGUUAGAAACUCGUGGUGUAGAUGAAGAGAAUUUGGUUCAAACUUUACCAAAGGAUUUGAGAAGAGACAUAAAGCGUCAUCUUUGUCUUGCUUUGGUCAAAAGGGUUCCUCUGUUUGAGAACAUGGAUGAGAGGCUUCUAGACGCGAUUUGCGAGCGUCUAAAACCCUGUUUAUACACCGACAGCAGUUACAUAGUCCGAGAAGGCGACCCGGUCGACGAAAUGCUCUUCAUCAUACGAGGCCGCCUCGAGAGUGUCACCACCGACGGCGGCAGAAGCGGGUUUUUCAACCGGAGUUUAUUAAAAGAAGGAGAUUUCUGCGGCGAGGAGCUUCUCACAUGGGCACUCGACCCUAAAUCCGGCGCGAAUCUUCCCUCCUCCACCAGAACCGUAAAGGCGUUAAGAGAGGUAGAAGCUUUUGCACUACCCGCCGACGAACUGAAAUUUGUCGCGAGUCAGUUCCGGCGACUUCACAGUCGGCAGGUACAGCAUACUUUCCGAUUUUAUUCCCAGCAGUGGCGGACGUGGGCGGCGUGCUUUAUUCAGGCGGCAUGGCGGAGGUAUUCGAAGAGGAAGAUUUUGGAGCAGCGGCGGAAGGAGGAGGAAGAGGAGGCAGAAUUGGUGGCGCGUAACAGUGCCGUUACCGGUACGUCGUCGUAUAGCCUUGGGGCGACGUUCUUGGCUUCGAAAUUUGCGGCAAAUGCGCUUCGUGGGGUUCAACGGAAUCGGAAUUUGAAGACUGCGAGGGAAUUGGUGAAAUUGCAAAAGCCUCCGGAACCGGAUUUUACCGCUGAUGCUGAUUAG